AUGUCUCGCUUUUUAGCGGGCUACUCUUUGCUCUCUGUCUGGCUGCUUUGCCCUCUUGGCUGCUCUGCCCAAACAGAGAGCAGCACCACCCCACCAGGGAACUGUGGCCCCAGCCAGUUCCUUGACACCGAGGCGUUUCAGUGCAGCCCGUGUGGGGAGCCCCUGGUGAAAAGCCCUACAGGCCUGCGAUGUGUCUGUGCUGACAGCCGGAACGUGACAGGCCAGGUGGCGGAGUGCAGUGCUUGUAGUUCCCGGCAGUCCGCCUCGCUCUGGGAGGCCACCUUCCUUGAUGGCAGUUUUCUGGCUUGUAAUAACUCUUGCAACCUGACUGCCUGCGAGCUCCUGACCAACGCGGUCGUUCUGAACGCCUUCUCCUUGGAAACCCGGGCUUACGACCUGUAUGCAAAGGCUACAAGCCAGAACCUUCCAAAGCUGUUUUAUAGUAACACAGGGCUGCCUCCGCUCUCCUUUGGGAAGAACUCCAAGAUCAAUUUUAAGCUUGUAAAGUACGAUGCCCGAGGAAACUUCUUAGGCUGGGAGGACGUGACGGGUGGUACUUUGCAGCUCUGUGCAGACCGUCAGAGUGCACUCGAUGCUGCCUACUCCUUUGGGACAUCCUACGAACAGUCUUGCACUGUACAGGUGUCCAACCUGCUGCGACGAGUCCCUGAGCCCAUAUUUUACGAGAUGUUCCUGCAGUUCUCCAAUGACCAGGGGAACUGGCUGUGGCCUGUCCCUGUAGCGAAUCCCCAGCUGCAGCUGAAUAGCCCGGCCUCCCUGAGCUCUCAGAGGCUAAGAAGAUUCUUUCUGGUCGAUGGGCUCUCGGGCAGGCAAGGGAACCUAUCCAAUCAACCAGCAUCUGUCACGUUGGCAGCAGGGCUGCUCCUAAGUGUUGACUUGCCAACCAGUAGCCCAGGAGACCAGCCUGCUUUCCUGUUGACAGUGAAGUAUGCAAAGCAAGACAGCACUGCAACAACGCAGCCCACACUUUGCCAGCCAGGUAGGAAAUGUAACGAACUCGCCCUCUGUGCAGGUGGCUGGGGCUGUGGGCGGUCGUGCAUUAAGAGGCCAAGACCGAUGGUGGCUCUGGGGCAGGCACGGGAGACCUGCGCUGAAGUUGUGCAGACUGGGGGAAUCUCCUGCGUGUACCUGAAUCUGGUAGGACAGGUUUGGGGCAGUGCAUGA